CACCAAAGUGGAAAUUAGGUCUUCUGAGGGAAACAGGAUAUAUGUGCAGCAAAGGCCAAAUUUACAUGAAGGUAAUAAAAAUGGAAAAAAUGUUGGAGAACUUGAAUAAAGCAGUGACUGCACUAAAAUUACAUGACACUACUAGCAACAUAGCAACCGAAAGUAUAUUAAAUGUCUUUUAGAUGGUUUGCCCCUUAAGUCAUGCGAAAUGGUAGAAAG